AUGGAUACUCUACCUCCACAGUUAAUAGCCAACAUCCUUUAUCUUGAUCUAAGUAAUCAGUUCAAGUGUGGUCGUGAUGGUCCCAAAGCCCAAGUAUGUGUUGGUCCAGCAUCAUUCACCAUCACAGCCAACAACACCCCUGGUGGAGUCCAACAACAACCAAAUCCCUCAACAAUGACAAUGACAACCAAAGAUGUUAUAUGCUUUGAUAAGAAUGACUCUGCAUAUAGGUCAUUGAUUAGAUACUCGUUGGUGUGUCGUGGUUGGAAGGAUGCAGUGGUUGGACUCAUUCCAAUUCAUUCAUUCUCAAUCACUAAUGCCAGUGGACUAAAGUUGUUGUUAUCGUUCAUCAAUCGAAUCAACCGUCUGCCUCAGAUGACAACGUUGAACUUUGUUGUGUCGGAGCAAUUGCGUAGUCUUACGCCAGCCACCUCCGAGCCAUACUCACGCUACUGGACGCCAUCAGUCAAUUCGACGCCAACCAUGAUCACUAAUCCAACAUCAUCAAUGUUGGCUUACAACAACUGCUCCAUGAACCAUGUAUUCUCCACAUACCCCUCGCUGUUGGCGGCCCAUGUUGAUGGAGACACUCGCACUGGCAAUGGCACUGACACUGCUGGCUCAGACUCUGUCAAUGGCAAUGGCAAGGAGGCCAACCCCAACCCAGGCAAGAAGAUCAAAAGCUUCUUCAAGUCUCUGCUGCCGAAUGAUGAGCACGAGUUAAGAAGGGAGCACUUUGAACGAUUGCUAAAGAGUGGCCUCGCCGUGCAGUCACUGCGCUUCACUCAUGACUCUUGGGAGUCACACUAUGGUGCAUGCCUCUCUUUAUCAUUGCUGGCGUGGCCUCUAGCUGAGCUCAAUCUUAGCGGCAACAAGCUGAAUGAUGGAACUAUGAAGUUGAUCCUGCUGGCCUUCUCUUCGCUCAAGGUCAUCCACCUGCACAGCUUGAACUUGUCACACAACAACCUCUCCAACGAGUCGGUGCUGGGCCUUGCCAAACUGAUCAAGAGCUAUGGCGUGCCAUCAAGGAUCAACUUGUCGCAUAACCAAGUUACAUCGGCGCCAAUCAAGCCACUGCUAGAGGCCAUGCGCUCUGGAAUCGAGCCAUUCUCCAUCCAGCUCUCACACAACAAACUCAAUGACCUUGGAGGUGUGCUCUUCUGUCGCUACCUUCAGACAAACUCCAAUCUGCGCGAACUCAACCUUGCCAACAACAACCUCACAUGCGAGACACUGAUACUCAUGGCUGAGGCGCUGCGCACCAACGCCUCACUCACAUCACUCAAGAUGUCACUGGUCGUGAUGGGUCACGAGGAGACACUAGCACUCGAUACGGCACUGCGAGAGAACACCACGCUCCGCCAGUUUGCGAUGGCUGCAUGUGUGGCUACUUCACUGGCCGGUUCAAAGCUGGCACAGGCUGUUGCUCGCAGCAGAUCAAUCACUAGACUGGAUCUACGCUACAACAGCAUCGACAUCACAGGUGCCAAGACUCUCAUUGAAUCACUGGCCGUCAAUGAGCUUUUAGUUUACUUGGACCUCGGUUACUGUGGCAUUGGUGCAGAAGCAGGGGCAUUGUUUGGUCCAAGUCUGUCGGCCAACAAACAUCUUCAGAGCCUCUACCUCAAUGACAAUCGAUUGGGCGCCAGUGGUAUCAUUGCUAUAUCCGAGGGACUCGCUGCAAAUAGCACGUUGCGCGACCUCGACCUCUCGUCCAACUGCUCGAUCAACGAGACCCUUGGCCUGGAGGCCGUGUCAAGGCUCUCUGACGCAAUGGCGCGCAACACAUCACUUCACUCACUAAGACUCAACUUCAAUCGUCUUGGACACGAGUCUGUUAGUCUGCUGGCGGCUGCAUUAAGAUCCAACAGGUCGUUGGUAUCCCUUAGUCUGGCCGGCAACUACAUCCGCAACGAAGGUGCAAUCGCUCUCAAAGGUGCACUACAAGUGAACACUACACUUCGCUCACUCAAUCUCAAUACGGCAGGUCUACAAGCUGAUGGACUACUCACAUUGUUGGGCGCACUGACCACAAACACACAUCUGGCUGAAGUCAACCUGGCCAACCAGGCAGCGACGCCCGACGAACUGGUUCAGAUUGACAAGGCGCUCCGCCAAGUAUUGCAGCGCAACUCCAGUCUGGUACAACUUGAGGUGCUGCCGUCUGUAUCAGAGCGUCGCCCAUACCUCUACGAACGCCAAAGGCACCACUACAAGUUCAAGAAGUACCUCUUGAAGCUCUAUGAGUGGAAGUCAGUGGCCAAAGAGCGACUGAUUGAACAGUUCUCGCUCCUCCUCAAGACCUAG